CGCAAACCGGCCCAUUCACCCUCUCCUUUGUCCACGUGUGCUUUUGUCCCCAAUCACCUACUCAUCACGACCUCGCCAUUGUUCUUGUCGUGCUCGUAGUUGGUGCAUUGCCUGCUCGCGGAGCUCUACUUCUCUGUGCCACGUCCCAAUUGCACCGCAGCAGUUGGGCUAGAGAGAGCUGGUUGGUGACCGACCACCAGAAGCCCUGCGUGGCUGCACCACCAAUCGCAUCGAAAACCCGCGCUACACACAACCAGCCAUGGCGUCCGAAAAGCAGAUCCACGAGCUCAAGCAGCAGGGCGCCAUCGAGGCAGCCAUGGACCCCAACUCGAGCGUCACGGCCGACGACGCCCAGCGCAAACUUGUCGAGGACAGCCAGAGUGCCGGCGUCGCUGCCUUCACCUUCGACCCUGAUGCCAGCCCGGAAGAGAAACGGGCGCAGGCCAGAGCUGCUAUCCCAGAAGACAUACGCGGCACCCGAAAACGUCAAGGCGUGGCUGUUGUCACUGAUCAAGAUGGUGGCCCCAAGGUUGACUACGACUUGCCGGAGCCAACCAAGGCCGGUGCCUUCGUGGCUCCCAAGGACGAGGACGGCAAUAUCAUCAAGGACGGUGACGCUGCACAGGAGGAAGAGGACCUGGCAGCCAAGGUGGGCUGGUCACCACGCUUCGGCUGGCCCGAAGAUAGCGUCCUCGCCGGAGAGAGCAUGCUCGACCACACCACCUGGCUCGAGUCCAAGGUGCCUGAUCACCUGUACGGGGACUGGUACCACAACGCCGGCAUCAUCGUGGUCGCCUGCAUUCUCUCGUGGCUCAUUGCCGUUCUCGGAGGCGGCCUGGGUUGGAUCAUGAUCAUCAUGGCUGGUUGCUCGACCUACUACCGGACCUCGAUCAGGCGAGUGCGUCGCAACUUCCGUGACGAUGUCGUGCGGGAGAUGGCACUCAAGAAGCUCGACACCGACCACGAGUCACUCGAGUGGAUCAACAUCUUCAUGCUCAAGUUCUGGCCCAUCUACCAGCCUGUACUCGCCCAGACCAUCAUCAACUCGGUCGACCAGGUUCUGAGCACCGCGACGCCUGCAUUCCUCGACAGCCUCAAGCUCAAGACUUUUACGCUCGGCUCAAAGCCGCCGAGGAUGGAACACGUCAAGUCGUACCCUAAAGCCGAGGACGACACGGUCGUGAUGGACUGGAAGUUUAGCUUCACGCCAAACGACACGGCCGACAUGACCAAGCGCCAGAUUGCAAACAGGAUCAACCCAAAGGUUGUCCUGGAGAUUCGUAUUGGCAAGGCCAUGAUCAGCAAGGGUCUGGAUGUUAUUGUCGAGGAUUUUGCCUUCUCUGGCAUCAUGCGCCUCAAGGUGAAGCUUCAGUUCCCCUUCCCUCAUAUCGAGAGGGUAGAGAUGUGCUUCCUCGAACGCCCCACUAUCGACUACGUCUGCAAGCCGCUCGGAGGCGACACGUUUGGUUUCGACAUCAACUUCAUCCCGGGCCUCGAGAAGUUCAUCCAGGAGCAAAUUCAUGGCAACCUGGCUCCAAUGAUGUAUGCGCCGCACGUCUUUCCGAUCGAGGUCGCCAAGAUGCUUGCUGGUUCCCCUGUCGACCAGGCGAUCGGUGUCGUUGCGAUCACUUUGCACGGCGCACAAGGUCUCAAGAACCCGGAUCACUUGGCUGGCAGCGUGGACCCGUAUGCGGUAGUCACGCUUAACAAGCGCAGCCCCCUGGCGCAGACCAAGACCAUUAAGGAUAACCACGACCCUCGGUGGAACGAGACACACUAUGUCAUCAUCAGCUCCUUCAACGACUCGUUGGACGUCAUUCUGUACGACUUUAACGAGUUCAGGAAGGACAAGGAGCUGGGUGUCGCAUCCUUCCCACUGGAACGCCUGGAGGAUAUCGACGCGCACGAGAGCCAGCGUAUCGAAGUCACGGCGAAUGGCAAAGCACGCGGCGUUCUCUCGUGCGACGUUCGAUUCUUCCCCGUUAUUGAAGACAAGAAACUGCCAGACGGCAAGUUGGAACCGGCUCCGGAGAUGAACACUGGUAUCUUGCGCUAUACAGUGGAGCAGGCAAAGGAUUUGGACGGCACCAAGAGCUUGGUCGGUCAGCUCAACCCCUAUGCCUCCCUUUUACUCAACGGCAAGGAAGUUCACAGCACCAAGAAGCUCAAGCGCACAAACAACCCUAUCUGGGACAACGGCUCAAAGGAGAUCCUCAUCACAGACAAGAAACAUGCCAAGCUCGGUCUCGCCAUCAAGGACGACCGCGAUAUUGCUGGUGAUCAGAUCGUGGGAACAUACCAGAUCAAGCUUGACGACAUGCUCGAGAUGAUGGAGAGAGGCCAAGAGUGGUACAACUUGAGUGGUGUCAAGACGGGCCGCGCGAAGAUUACGGCACAGUGGAAGCCCGUCGCCAUUUCUGGUGCACUGGCUAAUACGGGCGGCUAUCAGACCCCAAUCGGUGUCAUGAGGCUUCACUUCAAAAGCGCUCGCGACCUUCGCAACUUUGAGACCAUGGGCAAGUCCGAUCCUUAUGUCCGCGUGUUGCUGUCCGGGAUCGAGAAAGCGCGCACUGUUACACACCGGAACACUCUGGAGCCCGUGUGGGAUGAGGUCCUCUACGUACCCAUGCACUCGGCACGUGAUAGACUGACGUUGGAUGUCAUGGAUGCUGAGAAGAUGGGCAAGGACCGCAGUCUGGGACUGGUUGAGAUAUUUGCUGGUGAUUACAUCUCCCAGGGCGAGGAUGGCGGGUACCUGGUUAAGGAGAACAAACAGCUCCGUGACGAGGGCCUGCGCCUGCACGGAAAGGGAGUCGCCAAGGGUGUUCUUUCGUACUCGGUGUCCUUCUAUCCAUGCUUGAACAUUGCCGAUAUCGAGGACGAGGAGAAGAAGGCUGAGGAGGAAGCGGCAGAGCCUGCCGCAGAGCCUGCUGCAGAGCCUGCUCGUGCAUCGCUGGAUGCUCCUAGGUCAGCGGAAGCUGGCAAGUUCUCGUCCAGUCUCAGCAGGACUGAUAGCAAAAUGGAGGCAAGGUCGCCCACGCUUUCUUCCCAUCCUUCGGAGCUCGCCACACCGACAUCGCCGACGUUCGGACGCAAGUCGCGAGAUUCGGUCAGAGAACCGCCAAAGAUCCAUCUCUCGCCCGAGGAGCUGCUCAGGCACGAAUCCGGCUUUCUCAUCUUCCACUUGCUCGAGGCUGAGCUGCCGAAGAGCGGGACACACUUGGAGAUUUUCGUUGACGACAUGAUGUACCCAUCCUACAUCUCCGGCAGCGCGAAGACUCGCAACUUCAAGUUUGACGAGCUCGGCGAUUGCUUCAUCCGGGAAUUGGACUUCUCCAAGCUGACGCUCAAGAUCAGGGAGAAGCGUGAGAAGCCUGGCGAGGAGAGAGACGAGGACCACACGGUGGCACGCUUAGCUGGCAACACAGCCGAAGUCCUUAAGCAAUGCUUGAACAACCCGACUGUUCUCAAGCUGAAGGGUGAAGACGGCCGGCCAUGCAGUAUCAAGGUCAGCCUCAAGUACAUCCCCGUAGAGAUGCAGCUGGAUCCAAGCGAAAGCAUCAACAAUAUGGGCAAUCUGCGUGUGGAUGUCCUCAGCGCAGCCGAUCUCCCUGCCGCAGACCGCAAUGGCAAGAGUGAUCCGUAUGCCAAGUUUGAGUAUAAUGGCGAGGAAGUCUUCAAGACCAAGACCAUCAAGAAGACUCUCAGCCCUGAGUGGAACGAGUUCUUCGAGGUACCGAUUCUUUCGAGAACAGCAGCGAACUUCCAGGUCAAGGUGUAUGAUUACGAUUUUGCGGACAAGCCCGACUUCCUCGGUGGAGCUGGCCUCAAUCUUGAGAGUCUUGAUCCGUUCAAGGCGAAAGAAGUCAAACUCCUCCUCGAUGGCAAAUCUGGUACGAUCAAGCUGCGGCUCCUGUUCCGCCCUGAUUACAUCACUCGCCAGCGCAUGGGUACUGGCACCUUCUCUGGCACUUUUGCUGUGCCUGGGCGAAUUGUCACCGGCGUUGUAGGAGCACCCAUCAAAGGUGUGGGAGCAGUCGGCCAUGGCGUUGGCAAGGGCGCCAGCUUCAUCAAGCGUGGUUUCACAGGCCGCUCGAAAGACAAGGAGACCAACGGCGCCUUGACACCACCUGGCAGCUCAUCAGCAGAUAUCCCAACCAUCAUCACGAAUGGGCCCGACGCGUCUCCACCAUCUGCUCCUGGUGGGAUGCUGAAGCGAUCAACUGGCCUGGCCGACACCAAUGGAUCGCCUGUCAGUGCACCUGCGACCAAUGGCAAGGCGCAUCACCGGUCUCCCAGUCUCGGCGCGUCGUCUAUUCACAGCCUGGCGCCCGGUGGUCCUGGGUCUGGAGUUGCGACAUUCACCGUGGUAUCCACGUCUGACUACCCGCCUUCUUCUGAUGUAUAUGUGCUCAUCAGACAGUUGGCACCCAAGGAGAAGGUGAUUGGCAAGACCAAGCACCACGAGUCCCCAAGUGGUGUUGUCACAUUUGACGAGACUUUUACGCACAACUGCACCCCCGACACGCAGUUCCGCAUCGAUGUCAAGGCACACCACACUUUCGGCAGCGAUGAUGACCUUGGCCACUCGCUUUUCUUCGUCGACGAGACGGGCUCGGGCGACAAGACGAUCAAGGUGGGCAGCGGUACCGUGGCCCUGCGCAGCAGCUUUGCCGAGACCCAACAGGAGUCACCACGCAACAGCAUGCGCAGGAGCUUCUUGAGUAAGAGAGAGGCGCGGCCCAGCGCUAGCAGAGACGGCACGCCCGCUUGAAGAGUGUUCAGCGGGGGGUGGCGAGUUGGUUUGGCACGAUCGAGGUUCGCAUGCAGACCUACCUGAGGGAUAGAGGGAGUCUUCUUGGUUGAUGGCGCAGGGACGGCUCGAGCGACCAAGUUUUCUCAUUUCUUUGUGUGUUAAGUCUUGAAGCACACGGUAUUUCAUAAUAUUUUUUUUCUUGGUUUUCGGUCUGCGAGAAGAUGGAGUCCUAUGUGGUAGAAAAGGGUCGAAUUGCGGGCGUGGAACAGGCAGGGAUUGAGCGAGUUGCAAAAGAACAAAAUUUCACCCUAUUCGCC